AUGCGGCCAGGGUCUCGGCUUCGAGUCUCCGACCUUCGGCAGUUCCGGACGUCCUUUCGCAGGUUUGGAAAACUGCUAGCUGCUGUGACGCAGAAGAGCCGGGCAAACGAGCCUUACUUGUCGUACAAGGAGCUCAAGCACAAUAUCAGCAAAGUGCAUGCAGCAUGUGGCCUCCAGGAUGACGCAGAGCAAUCUAGCGGAGAUGAGGGCCCUGGACUACUGGCCCAGGAGCGCUUGGAAAGCCAGGCGGCCUCCUCUUCCUCUUCUCACGUAGCCGCCAGCAGCUCCGCGAACCCUCGAGUCGUGGGUCCCCAGGAGGAUUUCUUCAACCUCAUAGACCAGGAUGUCACCGCCGCGAAGCUCUAUGUGCAGAGCACCGUUUCUGGCCUUGAAGCCAUGCUCGGUGAGUUCCAGGUCGCAGCCGUAAAGGCUGGUCUGCUCUUCACUCCGCAGCAGCUUGAGGAGGUUUCAAGACAGCUGCCUGCUCCCAUGGAUCAGGAAGCAUUGGUGGAAUGGUUGCUCUCGCUGCGACCCGGUGCAAAGACCCGGGAAGAGAGAUGUUGUCUCGUUGAGAAGUGCGCAUCAGCCUCCGACGGUAAGCCUGUUCACGGAAGGGCCGUGUGCGUCCUCCUUGCGGCGAGCCUUCCACUUUCCGUAGCCACACCCCAAGCACAGCACCAGCACAGCAUGCUCAAGACCGCAGAAGACUGCAUCGACACCUCCGAAGAGGAGGAGGUCGAUGAUGACGAGCUGCCCGGAGGCGGGCCUUACGCCACGCUGGCAGCCGAAGGCCCUAAGGAGUCUAUGGGCAGCAUCGGCCAUCCCGACCAAUGCACUCCGUGCACGUUUUAUUGCUUCACUCGACGUGGUUGCAAUCGUGGCGCCGACUGCAAGUUUUGCCACAUGACGCAUCAGUCGAAGCUGCAGCAGCGUAGGGAGGCAUGGAAGAAGCAGCAAAGGGAGAAGAGAAAGCUCAUGCGCGGUUUCGCCCACAAGGAAGAUGCACCACCUGCUGUGCAAGAGACUCCCCAACCGAGGUCUGGAGGAAAGGGGAAGAAGCUGGAGGGACAGGCAAAGCCUGCUUUGGGUGCCGGUGGCAUAAGCAAUGUGAGAUCUGUGGUCUUCACGUAUACACCUUCACGAGUGACCCUUACCAUGGGUCAGCAAACUGACAUCCGCCCAGCCCUUUUCGGCCCGACUGCCACGAGGCGCUUUGCGUCUCUCGGUCGGCUGCCGGAAGGGCUUUCCCUGGAUCCCAUGACAGGGACAAUCAGCGGCACGCCGCUGAAUGGAAGCCCGUGGGCCGCCUUGCUGCAUCGAAGGGCAAGAGUUUACUUUUCGGCUGGACUUUUUGGGGAGAAUAGUGCCGCAGGGCUUCUGUGUCGAACGUUUCGGGCUCAAUGA